AAUUGAUUAUGUCUUUCAACUUUCAACGACGACGUGGUCCUCCUUUCUCAUACUUUAUAUUAAAACUUCAUCUCCUCUUCCCAUACCAUCAUCAUCAUCAUUCUCUACUCGUAUCAGACACGAGAUCCUCUGUUCUAAUUUGGAAAUGGCAACGGGAAACAAAGGAAGACAAUUGCCAAAGUUUGGGGAAUGGGACGCCACUAAUCCAGCCUCAGCCCAAGGUUUUACCGUCAUCUUCAACCAGGCUCGUGACGACAAGAAGACCAAGAAAACAGCUGUCGCGGGUCCUGAGAGUCUGGUUACACCUCCAGUAAACGUUGAGCCUCAGCGGAAAAACAACCACCAUAAUAAACGUAAUCCCCAAAUUCAACGAGAAAAGAAGAGAUGGCUUUGUUUCCGCUAAUUCGAUAGUAAGAAAGCAGAACCGGUGAGCAGAGUAAACAACGACCAAACCUUUGUUCGUAUAAGAUGCCGUUGCAAACUUCUCUCCUUGUUCUUUUAGUUUCUCGUUUCAACUUUGUUUUGGCCACAUACAUUUGGGUUUAUAAAUAAAUUUAUACAUUGUUCUUGCUGUA